CAAUCAUGGGUGUAUCAACGGAUAAUAUGUCCAAGGAGACUAAACAAAGCGAAACCAGCUCCAGCGAGCGACCACCGUCAUACUCGGAUGACCCAGUAGCGCAACUAUCUGCGGAGUUAAAGUUAAACCUCCAAGUAUCAUCUGAUACCAAGUCUAUCAGUCGGGACGAAUGUGUCGCACAUCUCAAGUUCCUAGCCGUACUCGCAGAUCUGCGUGAGAACAUCUCUGGUGAUGAUGGACUCUUUGGUAUCAAUGAUUUUGAAGCCGAUAGAUUCCCCGAGUCGAUCAAUGAAGCGCGGGCUCGAAUCCGCGAAAAGCGCUGGGCUGUGUACACGGCUCGUGCGGUUGAUCGAUAUACUGUAUGGUGGGCUACUGGCCUCCCACGGUCAAGACCCAACGCAAGCUUGAGUGACGUGGAAAGUGCGGACUAUGAGAAUAUCAUCAACCCAAAGACUCUAGUGGCAUGGAGUCCCGACAAUCUGCCUCCAAUCGAUAUUUUGAUGGUCUGGCAUGCUCAUUCAUUGAAUCCUCGCAACUAUCUCGAGGAUUGUAUCCGAUAUGGCAAAAUGAGCACUUGGAAGACGGGCUUUCCCUGGGAGGUGAUUGACAGCUGUAUUGACAACCGCAAGCUGGAAUUCACAGUCUCCGACGAGGCCCAGAAGAUAUUCGAGCAAAAGCUGAACAUCAGAUGGAACAAUCUGCACGACCCGCCUACCAAGAGCAUUCAGUGCCCUAGCUGUGUAAAUAUCUUCCCCGUUCAGUGGACAGAAGGUCUCUUCGGAGAGACAGUCGAGAAUGCCUUCAGGUUUGGCGAUGGCUACGCGGACAACUCAUUCCAAAAAGCAUGCUCUCAUUGCCAUUACACAAUCGACCAUGGCCGGCUCAAGGUGGCUAAGUUCCGAAGGGAUCUUGAAGCAACAAUACAUGCCGAUAUCCCCAUGCCCGGCUCGUUUACCAAUCUCCAUGGGAUUCCCGAAGGCCCUACCGACAAGCUCAACCAUCCGAGUCUCCGACACAUGCUUUUCCCCACAAGACUCAUGCAAGCCAUCGGACCAGAAUUGCUGAACUUCACCGAUCCCCGAGUGGACUGGUGCAAGGACAUCCAAGACUUACGAAAAGAGCUUGAGCCCAAACUAAGAGACCGAAAAGCCCUACUCGAAGCCCACGGAGGUGCAUACAUCAAAAGACUCCGACCCGCCGAGCGAAUCCAUUUCCGCCGCCUAAUGUCCCGCUACUGGGACAACCUAGGCCCUUUCUCGCUGGACCUAGUAGGCGCAGUGAUCCGACAGGGAACCUUCAUCUCGAAAAUGGACCAAAUCGACUGGCUGCAUUCACCAACCGUAAUGGAAACAAUGGACCGGCUAAUCAAGAAAUACGAAAUAUUCUUCUCAAUAAUGAUGAACUGGCCCAAAAACAUGGCCGUCCCAACCCUCGACGUCGACCUAGCCUGGCACACCCACCAACUAAACCCGUCCCGCUACUACACCUACAGCACGAAACAAGCAAACAAAGCCGGCGUCCGUGUCUUCAUCGACCACGACGACAAAGUCGACGAAGACAAAUUAUCCGACGGCUUCAGCUGGACCAGCAAAACAUACCGCCGCAUCACCAACGGCGCCGUCUACUCCGAAUGCACAUGCUGGUACUGCGAAGCAAUACGCACACCCGAUCUCUACGACCGUGUUAUAACUGUCGGCUCGGCGUCUCGCGCGCGCGACGCCGCAGACUCAUUACACGACCGUCCAGAUAUCUCCUCCGACCCAAAUAAGAACCCGCACAUCUCGGCGCACAACGCCGUUCGUCCGACUUCGCUGUACGCCCCGACGGAUCGGCUUGGAUCUGUGCAUUAUCUGCAGCUCAAGUCUAAUUAUCAGAAGGCUGCAAGGAGGGCUGAGAAGCGGGUUCGUCAGCGUUCGGGCUCUAAGUCUUCUAUUUCUACUUUUACUUCAGAUAAGGAAAAGGAGAAGGGCAGGGAUAGGGCUCUCGCUGCGGAUCCGUAUUAUAUGCCCUAUGCCUAUGGGUAUCCGAUUUUCGUGCCGUAUUAUGCGCCCUAUAUGGCGGAUCCGUGUAUCAAUUCUGAUGUCUACGCUUCUAAUCCUGGUUGUAUGAGUACGACUUCUGGGGCUGCUGGAAAUUGUUGUUCUGGUACUUGUGGUGGCGCUGUAGCCGCAGGUGGAUGCGGUGGAGGGGGAUGUGGCGGAGCAGGUGGAUGUGGUAGUAGCGGAGGCGGAUGUGGCGGCGGCGGCGGUUGUGGAGGCGGUGGUGGUGGAGGUGGAGGUGGAGGCUGUGGCGGCGGUGGUGGUGGUGGAUGUUGA